AUGAUUAUACAUUGUUUGGUUAGAUAAACAUAUACCAAUAUAGAGAGAGCAGCAAACAUACCAAAAUCAUUCAAAUCUCUCGCUUAAUUACUCAGAUAAACUCUCUAUCGGCGAACGCUAUGGAUUCGGAGCAGCAGACGGAGCUCUUAUUACGCAUUAGUCAACUAGUGUCUUUCGUCGAUCCUCUCUUUUGGAUUUCGGAUGAAGCAACGAGUUAUGUCGUAUUAGUCACUAGUCGCAUAAUCGAUCUCCUCAGCUCUAUGGAUUUGGACUCGCUACCAAAACCGGAGACCAAACUCAUGUCACUCACUACUCAAACCAUAGCUCUCUUCAACACUAUGGAUUUGAAAUCCCAGCCGAAGCCGCUAAGGAAGUUCAUAUCAUUAGUAUCUGAAAACAUCCCUCUCGUCAACUCUAUAGAUUCUGCUACGGAUCAGAAGCUCAAGUUGCUCUUUUUUAAAAUAAGGGAACUCGAGCCGGAGCCGGAGCUCAUAUCACUCCUCCACCAAAUUUACUACCUCGUCAAAUCUAAGGAUCCAGAGUGGGAGAAGCUUAUUUCCUUAUGCCCACAAGUACAAGUAAGCUUUCACGACGGAAAAUUUCAGGUGACUGGAAAUGUCCAGCGGUGCAGCAAUAAAAAGCGGGACUGCCGAUUUGAACGCUACAAGUUUUCAGGAGAAGACUACACCCAUUUUCGCUGCUCGGCUUGCAAUGGCGACGACCAUGAUGAAGAAUAUGACAAGGCUCCACUUGAGAUCAUUCACCCUCUUCAUCCAAAACAUUCUCUCCAGCUUGUCUUGAUUGAAGCUUCUUAUAGAACGAGGGAAUGUUAUUGCUGUGAUGAAGAUCUCGAACAGAUGUUUUAUUACUGCCCGGCUUGUGAUUAUGCUAUCAAUAUAGCUUGUGUGGAGAAACCACGACGCUUAUCUGUAGACCAUCCCAAGUGGCAUGAGCAUACUCUUUCUCUGUUUCCAAGAAAGACUCCCUUGACUUGCAGCGUUUGUGCAUUGACACAUACAAGAUGUCCUUUCUAUAUAUGUCCCCCUUGUGACUUUGUGGCCCAUCAAAGCUGUUUCAGCUUACCACGUGUCAUUCGCAUAUCUCGUCAUCACCAUCGUAUCUCUUUCACUCAUUCUUUUGAGAAAGGAGAUUGGUCUUGCGGUGUCUGCCGUAAAAAGAUCGACAAUGAUUAUGGCGGUUAUUCUUGCAUCAAGGACGGUUGUUUCUAUGGGGCACAUUCAAGAUGUGCCACACGAAGAAGUGUGUGGGAUGGUAAAGAACUCGAGGGAGAGCCAGAAGAAAAUGAAGAAGAACUUAAGCCGUUUGUCAGGAUAAGCGACGGAAUCAUACAACAUUUCAGUCAUAAGCAUCAUCAUUUGAGACUUGAUGAGAACACUGACAGAGAUUACGAUGAGAAUAUGGAGUGUCAAGCAUGCGUCAGACCAAUCUAUUUCGGUAACUUCUACUCUUGUAUGCAAUGUGAUUUCAUUCUUCAUGAAGCAUGUGCGAAUCUUCCUCGUAGACACCAUCAUCCAAUACAUGCACAUUUGCUAACUCUAGUAACAGAGUAUUACAAUGUUAUGGUCCAUCGUAGCCAAGUUUGUUCAGCUUGUCCUUCGUUGUUGAGGGCUUGUUUCUUCUAUAAGUGCGAUGAACAAGACUGUGAUUUCCAGCUACACGUUCAGUGCGCCGUAGUUUCUGAGCCGCUAGUCCAUGAAAGUCAUAUGCAUCCUUUAUUCCUUACAUCCGAACCAUAUGAGGCAAGACUUUGUUCGGUAUGCAAAAAAGAAUCAUGGCUUCUUCUUUCCACAAAAGAAACAUUCAAUUGCAUUGAAGAGUGUGAUUUUGCUUUGUGUUUUGGAUGUGCUACUUUACCUCAAAAGUUGAGGUAUAAGCAUGAUAAGCAUAUGCUCACUCUUUCUUAUGGGAACAAGACAAGUACCAUGGCUUAUUGGUGUGAAGUUUGCGAGGGAUACUUAAAUCCAAAAGAGCGAUUUUAUACGUGUGAGGAGGAUUGUUGUGUCACCCUCCACAUUGAAUGUAUAUUUGCUAUGACCAUGAAACCUUAUUCGUGGUGGCUCUUCUCCGGUAAAAAGGUAUACGUUCUACCAAACAAUGGUCAUAUGACUCACACAUUUGCUUCGUUUGUGAGAAGCGUUGUCCACACAAAGUAG